ACAAGCCUCAACGGCAGAUGCGGCCGAAUCUGUUCUGAAUUUUGUCAACAAUAAUGGUGGAAAAGUUGAAUGAUUUGAUGAUUAAAAGCGAGCCCUCGUUCUACGGCGUCGACGAUUCGGAUCUACUGAAUGGGAUCUCGGCGGAUCUUCCGAAUGAAUCCAAUUUGCGAACCCUGUGCACGGAGAAGCUGAGCAUCGAUGAUGACACGAUAGCGCUCCUUGAAGCUCAACGAAUCGAUGUCGAUUGUUUGAAAAAGAUGCGUUUGGAAGAUGUAGACACCCUAUUCGAGGGACAGAUCUUGGGACCGAAAAUAAAUUUUCGAGAAGCUCUUAUCUUGUGGAGAGAGGAAAUUGGACUCCCGAUAAAAAGCCUCCGAAUGGUUUGCGGAAGAAAAAGAUCAAGCGACUCGGAACCAUAUCCUACGCGAUCUCCCAAGUAUCCCAACUUCAACGUCCCAGAGUGCAAACCAACUGUGGUUGCAACGCUUCAGGACAUUCUGAAAGGCACCCAUCCUUCGGAUUCAUCCUACAAAUCGUACCCGUGGCCGAUGAGUCCGGAGGUUUUGAAAGAUAUCCUCAGGAGCAGCAACGUGGGCCGGAUGAUUCUGAGCUGUGGCGAGCUAGGCAGCUUGGAGAAGUCGAUGCAAAGUCAAUUGACGGGCAUCGUGAUAGACUACCACAUGGACCACGAUACCAAAAUUACCGCCGUGCAGCUGGAAAACUAUUGCCUGUGUAUAACUACGUUGUUCCCUCACGAGAAUAAGAAUAACUACCACAUACCGAGAGGUCCAACAAGACGAAAUCCAGGAGGAUCUCUCUAUUCUAGAUUCAUAAAUCAGAAAAUAAGCAAAAAGGCUUUGGCCAUCGGAAGUGGCGUGGCCGGAGCGCAAUAAUUUCAUUCACAAAGCCAAAAAAAUGUUGAGUGAAAAUAUAAUUAUAAGUCAUUAUUUUUCUAAUUUCUAGCAAUGCUAAGCAUGAUUUCAUUUGAACACAUUGUAAAAAUAUUAAGUAAGACAAAAA